AUGAGCCUAAAGAAGUGGAGACACCUUCAAAGUUAUCUUCCAGACCCCCAAAAAAUGUCCCGAGCCAUCAUCUUGAUCCUGGCCCUUGUCGCCUUGUCCAACGGAGUCGGUUUUAUCAUCAAUUAAUUAAUUAAAGCUUAAAAUUUCCAGCUAACCUACAAAAAGAACAGAAUGCUGUUCGACCCGCCCUUCUGCUUCGUUUAUCAACGUUCUGAUGUUGGAGGUGAUUUUUUAAAAGACUGAAAAACUCUAGUGGCCACUUGAAGAGGACACUUAGGUGACCACUAACUCCAUCUCUAUAGAAGCCACUCUUAGGGGCCAUUAUAGUAAUUUUUGUGGUCCCGUAGUACCAUCUGGACUUUUCAAAUGACCACUAACUCGACUACUAUAGUGGCCACUAGACAUUUUCGCCGGAUUUUCAGAUGAAAUAAAAGCAUAUUUGUUUGUAGUUUGCACCGGGUACCAGUACACUUGCGAUCAGAGCACCACCCCAGCUGAUGUGAGUUUUCUCUUUUUCGCCCGACUUGAAACGACUUGCGCUCCGAGCAAAAAAGCAUCCACUUCUUCAUGAAAGCUCUAGGGACUCUGGAAGAAUUUUUAGCACUUCGAGACAUCCCUUAAGUGAUCACUCCCCAUCUUUAAAUAUCUCUAUACUUUCUAGCCUAGUGGUCACGGGUAGCGCUCGAAAAAAUAGUUUUCUUUAAAGGAGAUACCUUAAGUGAUCCCUGACAGUCUUCUUCCAUUGGAUCUAUACUUUAUAGCCUAGUGGUCACUGGAGUAGUCAGGAAAAGCGCUACCAUCUCUGAAGUAAUACUUCAAAAGAUAUCUUCAGUGAUCCCUGGCAGAUUUGUUCCAGUGGUCACUGAAGAGGUCAGGAAAGGUUCAGAGGAAGUUUCUAUCUCUGAAGUAGUACUUCAAGAGUCACCUUAAGUGAUCCCUGACAGUCUUCUUCCAUUGGAUCUAUACUUUAUAGCCUAGUGGUCACUUAAGUAGCCAGAAGAGGGUUUAGAGAAACUUACUAUCUUUAAAGGAGUGCUUCAAGAGUCCCCUGAAGUGAUCCCUGAGAGAUUCCUUCCAGAGUCACUAAAGUGGUCAGGAAAGGGCUCAGAGGAAGUUACUAUCUCUGAAGGAGUACUUCAAGAGAUACCUUAAGUGAUCCCUGACAGACCUGUCCCAGGGGUCACUAAAGUGGCCAGGAAAAGGAUUAACAAACUUUUCCUUUAGAAGUUCUUUAAGAGGUACCUUAAGUGAUCCCUGACGAGCCUUAAAAAGCUUUAAAGGCAAGAUAGAAAGCUCUAAGAACGCCACUUAAGUAACCACUCUGAGCGAUCAGUUUUUCGUCAAGGCUUCUGAAAGUUCUAGGACUUCUUGCUGAUUGAAACGCUGGUUCGGUAGAGCGCACUUGCUUCAAGUUUUCAUGAGCUCUCGAUAAUUUUUUUUUUAUAAAAUUAUCUCAGGCAAACGUCUUCACCUUCCCGGACAACUGCGCCAGCGACCAGGCCUUCAUCAACUUUGCCAACAUCGACUUCCCGGAACGCUACGACGAGUACAAGGCGUCGGUCGGCAAGUAA